AUGGACGUCAUGCUACGACGUCGCUCUCCUGCGAGUUUGCUGCGUCGUCGUUGCACACGUUAUUACUCAUCCUUUGCCGUGCCUUUGACUUUGGAUAAUAAGAUUAAGAAAUAUGAUACAGAUACAUAUUUGUCUCGUCUUCAAAUGACUAGAUCCCAAGAAGAUAUGGAGAUAUUGGGUGAACGGUUGGCUCAAGGACGACAGACUGGCGACGUCCUGUUCCUGCGCGGAGAUCUGGGCUGUGGAAAGACGUGUUUGGCCAGAGGUUUUGUGAGGGCGCACACGCAGCAGAAGGAGCUGACGGUAACGUCACCGACGUAUUUGCUGGUUAACACGUACAAUGGAGAAGCUAAUUUGCCAGUAGUAUAUCAUGUCGAUCUCUACCGGUUGGACGGUAUGACGGAGCAGGAUGUAGCUGCUGUGGGGUUGGCUGAAGCAUUUGAACGAGGGAUUACACUGAUAGAAUGGCCCGAGCGUUUGAAUGAAGCGAGUGUUCCGGCGGAGAGACUGGAGGUGCGGAUCUCGUACGUUGAUGGGAAUACUGAUAUCCGACGUGUUGAGCUUCAACCGAUCGGUGAACGAUGGACAAAGCUAUUUGCAACAAGCAUAGAAUAA